AUGACGACGGCGAAGGACAGCGCGAGUGCCACCGCGGCGCCCGCCAUCCCCACGAUGUUGCCCACCACCUGCGGUGAGGAGACGGACCUUCCCGGCGUGCCGCGCGUCGGCUGCGUGGCCGCCGUCUCCUACAAACCCGACGCACUCUUCGGCUUCGCGGCGUCCAUCAUCGCCACCGCCGACAGCGUCGCCAUCCUCGGCCCUGACCUCGAUCAGCGCCGUUAUGGCCGUCACUGCCUGUUCACCCGACACCUCUGGCGCCCAGCCUCUCUCGUGGAGUCCGCGGCGGCAGGUGGGCAGAGCGUUGUUGCAGCCGGCAGCGCGUCCAUAUCCUCCCCACCCUCUUCUCCGCUGACCGCUGCCACCACGGCUCGCAUGCUCUCCCACGCCGAUGGCAGUGGCGUGAACAUCAUUGCCCUGACUGCGUGCUCCUUGUCGCCGUCACUUCCACUGCCACCGACCGACACUUCUUCAAACAGAACCACCCAUCAAGAGCAGCAGCGGCAAAAGAAAAGCGCCGUGAGCGACGCCGUUGCCGUCGCGGUGGCGUGGGCAGACGUUGCGAUGCAGCAUCACGUGGCGGUGCUUGUUCUCCACCUGAAACACGUCCUGUCUCCGUCGUGGGCCGGAGAGGCGGACGGCUCCCUUGUGCGGGUAGUGGCGCACGAUGCUCUCCCGCUGCCGCCGGCGCAAUCCGUCCUGCGGCUCUUCUACCACCCCGCGAUGACCGCACCCCCUUCGCAGGCUGCCACAGAUGCUGCGGAGGUGUCCGCGCCGUCGAAGCACGUGAUGAUGUGCUCGCUCUUCUCCUCAUGGACCGGCUUCUCGGUCGCCGGUCAGCCCAGCCAUGCGGACAGUAAUACUAAUAAUGCUGGAGGUGCCGGACCGUCGGGUGGUACAGUCGGCAAUGUCGUAAAGAAAUCGAACGUCGCUGUUUUAAACGGCACCGGCGGGGGUGGCGCAGCGGAGUCGCCGACUUCCAGCGCAUCCCCCGGCAAAACAACUGCAACAGCCGCCAAUCCUCGUCGCCUGGGACAGCUGCGCUUCAUUACCGUGUCCGUUGCGGUGUCGCACAAUGCGACCGCACCGGACACCGACGGGGACGAGGCGCUAACGGUGACAGCGACGCCGUCGUCGCUCAGCGAUGUCGCGCCAUGGCUGCUGGCGUUUCAAGUCGAUCGCGUUGUCUGUGCCUUCACGGUGCAGUCCGCCAGCACCCGCGUCAUCGCCGCAGCGGGCACGACAGACGGUCGUGUGUUUCUGCUCGGGCCCACAUCGCACCGCCUCGUGCGCCGCGUAAGUGGCCCGGUGGCGGACAUGACCUUCGUGCGCACGAGACCGUCCAAGGCGGACACGGCGUCGCGCAACGCCGUCGUGGACGAAAUCAUCGAGGACGCCGUCUCCGAAGACGCACUCAAGAACGUCAGCUUUACAAGCGCGGCCGACGCCGAGUUUGCACGGCGUGAUGAGAGCGCCUUUGUGGCGUUGGUGGUCCUCGACAGUGCGGGGCACCUGCUUGUGCUGCGUGCGGUGAACAGCGGUGCCGCCAUCACUCAGACAGUGCCGGACCUGCCGCAAAUCAUUACACUGGCCAACGGCCAGAAGCAGACGCUCACGUUUGUCAGCCCCUCCAUGGCGAACCUGGAAGAGGCGCCGCAGGUCAGCUCCAAAAACUUUCUGGACCUGAGUUCGCUGCGUCAUUUUAUCGGUCGCAGCCGCGCCGCACCGCCCCGCAAGGCCGGUCGUAGCACCUCCCCGAGCAACGCCCCACUCGCCUCGAGCAGUCUCACCGCGACACCGGUAAAUCAGAGCUUUGCCGCCAGCAGCGAGGACGAGCCGAUCCUGUCAGGCCACAUCCUGAGUCGCGGUCUGCUGUGCGUGGCGAACAUCGAGAGCGGUAAGGGCGGGAGCGAGUUGGUCGUGAGCACGAUGGGGCAGGUGAUUGUGUCGGUUCCGUUUAACCCCACAGAGGGCUGCUUUCGGAUUGCAGGGUUCACCGUGACGCCGGCCCCGAUGUUCUACGUCGGCUUCGUCGACUUUUUCGCGGACGGCAAUCCAACGCUGGUGAUGGCGGGGCUGAAGAACGUGCUGGUUGCCAGCCGGCCUCCGUCGACCCUCCGCGAGCGGGCGCAGCUGCUGCUGCGUCUCCUCAGCAAAAAGGAGUUGGAGCGGCGCCACUCCGACAGCGACGACGGUGUGGAGGGGUAG